CUCGCGAGCAUGGAGUUUUACCCAGAAAUCAAACAAGAGCCCGACACGUCGCCCCUGGUCAUCGACGAGGCGCCGCGAUGGGAGGAGGAAAAGGACGAGGACCAGAACUACUCGCCCCAACUCAUGGACCUGAGCACCAAAAAGCAGCAGCAGGACAACAACAACUAUUUCUUUUACGGCGCCGCUACGCAUCCCGAGUCGCAGCACUGCUUCUACGAAUAUCCACCGCCGCACACCGACUACUAUCAACCUUUGAGUUACGAUGAAACUGUGGACAUUGUCAGCGAUGCGGAUGACCAAAAGGACCCAUUAUCGUUGAAAUCAAAACGAGCGCGCAGAAAAUCGAGCGCCAUCCGCACAGGCCCCGAGCUGGAAAGCAGCAGGGCCGUUGCCAACCACAGGGAGCGCCAACGCACCAAGUACCUGAACACGGUGCUCGAGGAUUUGCGCAGGAUUGUGCCGAGCCUGCCGUCGGACAAACUGUCCAAGAAGCAAAUCCUGAUGCUCGCAGCGCAGUACAUCGAGUUCCUGAGUCAGGUGGUUCAGUGCAACCAGCCCUUUCGCGGGCCCAUUUCGCGCCCCUCCAGUCCGUACAAGAUCAGGGAAGAGCUGGGCUACUGCUUCAGGGUGUGGCGAAUGCAAACCGAGUACCACGGAGUUGACAGCCCGCAGUGACACAUUUUCAGGAUCAAGAAGCGGUAGCAUCCAGGGAUGGUGCUCUGAUUUUUUUCCAACACUUCAAAAUGAAGUAAUGUGAUUUUGUAAAUAAAGUAUUUUGUACGAUUUUUUACGCAUCUCGAUUCUCAAUUCACACAAAAAUGUCCGACAGGAUGUUUUUUACUUCGAUGCCCAUAGUGUUUUUCUGCUCCUGAGUGAACGCCGAGGUCUGCGGAUUCCGCGUGGGUCCCAUUUCAAUAGUCGCACACGCAUUCAUGGCAGCCUU